AAACAAGGUUUACAUUUGGGCCUGAAAUGUCCUCACCACACACUCAGUUACUGACUGAAGUGAUGGUUAAACAUUUAUUUUGCACAUCAAAUGAGGCUUCAUAAGAGCGUCUGUUUGAGUUGGUUUCACACAUCAUCUGUUGGGCGAAAAUGGUGGAUUUUGGAGAGAUUCUGAGAAGUGUCGGAGACUUUGGUCUCUUCCAGAAACUUAACACUUUUGGAUUAACCUUUCCACAUUUCUUGAUGCCCAUUUUCUUGUCUAGUUUUCUUUUCAUUCAGUCAGAUCCAGAGCGACACUGUAACACAGACUGGAUCCUCAGUGCUGAUCCUAACCUGACCACAGAGGAGCAGUUGAACCUGACUCUGCCCCGAGAGGAGGACGGGACGUUCAGCAGGUGUCGGAUGUUUGUCCCGGUGGACUGGAACAUUGAUGCCAUCAGGGAGUAUGGACUCAAUGAAACCACAGGGUGCCAGAAUGGGUGGGUGUACUACAACACGCUGUAUGAGGCCACCAUAGUCACAGAUUUUGAUCUAGUCUGUGACAAGUCUAACAUGGUCGCAGUUGUGCAGACAGUCUUCCUGACUGGUUGCCUUGCUGGUUCAUUCAUCUUUGGACCUAUAGCUGAAUUGUAUGGCCGCAGGAGAACCACCCAGCUACCAGCUGUCCUGCUGCUAAUAUUUGUCAUAGUUGCUGGCGUGUCUCCAAAUUUCUAUGUUCAUGUGGUGUCACAGUUCAUGGUUGGAGCUGCACUCGGAGGAUAUAGAAUUAACUCCAUUGUGUUAGCUACUGAAUGGAUUGGGGUCACCAAAAGGUCCUUUGCCUCCUGUUUGAGCCAGGAGUUUUCAGCUCUUGGACAGUGUGCCAUGGCUGGUCUGGUCUUUGCUGUUCGUGACUGGAAAACAGCACAAUACAUCUCUGCAGGGGCGCAGGCCUUUGUAGUCUUGUACAUAUGGUGGAUUCCUGAAUCUGCAAGGUGGUUACUUGGCCAGGGAAGAACAGAAGAAGUGAAGGAGAUCAUACAUAGAGUUGCAGCAAUCAAUAAAAAGAAAAUUCCAGAAAAUCUGCUGCGGGAGGCAACUGCGGAACGACAAGUCCAGAGUGGAGGAAUCAGGGCAAUUUUCACCUCAACAGUCCUGAUGAAAUAUUUCUUAAUUUUAUCUUUUUCCUGGUUUUCAUUAAAUCUAGGCUACUUUUGCCUUACUCUGAAUGUGGGUAAGUUUGGUCUGAGCAUCUUCCUGGUUCAGUUCCUGUUUGGGAUCUCAGAGAUGCCAGCACAUCUUCUCUGCAUGUGGAUGCUGGAGUUGAUAGGGAGAAAAAAGUCUCUGAUAUCAACCCUACUGGCAGGCGGUUUUGUUUGCUUCCUGACUCUGGCUUUCCCUCAAGAAAGCGCUGUUGCUAUCACAGCCCUUGUAACCACUGGAAAGUUCUUUUUCAGCUGGGCUGGGUCGGUAACUAUGGUCUACAUUCAAGAAUUGUUUCCUACCUCAGCCAGGCAAACAGCUGUUGGCUUGGGCUCUGCAGCCUUCAGAAUAGCAGGCUUGCUGUCUCCGUUGCUGAACAUGUUGGCCACAUACCACUGGUCCAUACCCAUCGUGGUCUUUAGCAGCCUUACGGUGGUCAGUGGAGCUCUUGUCUUCCUGCUUCCUGAGACCAGCAGAAAGGAGCUUCCAGAUUCAACAAAUGAGGCUGCGGGCAACAGGAAUAUGACCACCAAGAAAACAGGAAGUGAUUCCAAUGUUGCUGCAUACAGCAGCCGCAAAUUCACCAAACUUUAGCCAGAAUACUGCAGUUUUACAUAUUUUUGUUGUGUGCGAGCAGAUACAUGUUGUCAAGUGGAAUAUGUGAAUUUGGACUUGUACCCUAAGUGUUGCUGAGUCACCAAGUGAGUUUGCCAACAUGCUGUGUCUGAUCAUUUGUCUUUACUGCUGUUCAGGGUUGGAAAUUAACUGACCUAACCUCAAUUCAACCUUAAAACAUCUCUUUGAGCAAGUCAAACCUAUUUUUGUCCCUGGAAUGCAUCCACACACACACACACACACACACACACGCACACCUUUUCCGAUUUCGGAGCUACAGUUCAUAAACACCGUUUCCAGUUGCCAUUUAUCAAACUCAAAUAAGUAGUUGUAUUUCACUCUCACAUUUGUCAGUCAUAAAACCACAGAACACAGACAGACAGCCAGACAGAUACAGAUAGAGAUGCACUGUAAGCUAGCACUGUUGUUAGCUGAUGAGAGAACAGACGUUUACCUGAUUGGUGUUUCUCCAGUUUCUCGUGGUGGCUCAGCAAUGCUGAAAACCAGCAGUGAAUGUCUAUGUAAUGGUGUGAGGGUGUGUUAGUUCCCAUAGCAUGGGUAACUUGCACAUCUGCAAAGACACCAUUAAUGCUCAGAGUUUUUAGAGCAACAUGUGCUGCUUUCUAGAUAUGUCUCCAUUUAUUCCAGCAAGAAAAUGCCAGGUCAAAGUGUGGGUUCUAGAGCUGCCUGCCCACAGUCCCACUGAAAAUACAUGUAACAUUCAUAUCAACCAAGAACAGGAAAGAAUUUUGCUUUCAAAACCUCAGCAGUGUUGCCCUCCAUCCCCACCUGCUGAGUGUUGUUUAAAGAAAAGUAUUGUAACGCAGCGGUAAGCAUGACCCUGUGAAGCUGUUCGCAAGCCUUAAAUGAGAGAAUGAGUAUGUAUUUGCA